AGAAAAACACAAAAUAUUUGUAGUUUUUGUGUUCAUUUGUUUCAAUGAGUUUGCAUUCAAUUGAAUUGUUUUUCAUUUCAUAAUUCACUUAAUUUUGUGCACAAAAUGUCUUCACUAUCAGUGAACGUAUCGGUGGAACCGUUAGAUGAAUAUCAGGUGCAAGAAAUCACAUACGAUGGACAGGAGAAGUAUAUUCAACCGCUUUCGAUGUCCGAGAAUCUGACGAAAAUGGUUCAGAAGAUAGACUUCGCGAAGAUUGACACCGAAGCCAGUGAUGGCACGAAUGGUGUGGAAGCCAUGGAUGAGACACCAGAAGUGGAGUCGAAAGAGUUGGCGACUUUCCAGCCCUCCCUCUGGCCCUUCGACUCCAUCAGAAAUAAACUCAAACAAGCGUUGACUGAAGUGACAGUUCUUUACGACGUCCUCAAUCCCGUAUCUCAAGAGCCCAUCGAAAACAAACCGAUCACUGCUUUGGUCGCCAAGAAAAAGGCAUUGGCGACUGUGGCCACCAUUAUAUCCAAUGGUUGCGAUCGCAUGCGUUCGGCACAAACGGAGGCCAAUCGGAACCGAUCGACAGAUUUUCAUUCAGAACUCUUUCAGAUGAGACAGAACUGGAGGUUAAGAAAGAAAGAAAAUUCAAUUCUCGGAGAUCUUAGUUAUCGAAGCGCCGGAUCACGUUUUCCACAUUCGGGUACUUUUGAAGUGACCAAAAACGAAGAGCAGUGCACUUCCGGCACGGGUUCGCGCGCCAGUGCUCUCAAAGUGAAGGUGCCGUCAGAUCUAGAGGGCGGCAGCUUUUUUCAGGUCAAAACACAAAAAGACAACGAAGUGAUAGGUGAUGGCGAGGCAUCGGUACCCAUACCUCCUGUCUUGCAGUCCAAUGUGGACCUCAAUUGGCAUCAAAAGCUGGAAAACGCUCAAAACGUUUUGUUCAAUAAAGAACUGUUUGCACAGUUAGCUCGAGAAGCAGUUCAGUUGCAA